CGGUACGCUUUCUGUUUUGGACAUCCGGCGUGCCGUAGAUAUCGAGUGAAAGUCGAGAAUGUUGUUGAAGUUGGAGCCGAAAAUCAAGAAGUAAAUAUUCCGGGUUUUGGGGCUUUUACAGGAGGAGGCGUCUCUCUCUCUGUUUUGAACUAUGGGCAAUACCAGCGACCGUGUAGCCGCAGAUCGCCAUGGACCAAAAGCCCAUCGCGCAGAUGGCGUUGCCCAAAAAGAUCAUGAACCUAGCAAGAUGGUGGACAGCACGGAUGACCCUAACAUAUUUAACACACAUGGCCCUGAAGUAAAGGCUCCAGUCGAGAAGGAUUUGCCUCCAGAUUUAAAUGACCUGGUGAAGACUGGCCCACAGGAGCGUCCAACUGUGAUCCGCUGGGCAGGAGGAGGGAAGGACGUCUACAUCUCUGGCUCCUUCGACAACUGGAGCACCAAGAUCCCACUUAAUAAAAGCCAUAAUGACUUUGUUGCGAUCCUGGACUUGCCUGAGGGGGAACAUCAGUACAAGUUCUUUGUUGAUGGCCAGUGGCUUCAUGACCCUUCUAAGCCGGUUGUGACCAGUCAGAUGGGAACCAUCAACAACCUGAUCGAGGUGAAGAAAUCUGACUUUGAGGUGUUUGAUGCGUUGCAGGUGGACUCACUCGAGUGCUCAGACACCUCAGAUCUGUCCAGCUCUCCUCCCGGUCCUUACGGACAGGAAGUGUACAUGUUCCGACCGGAAGAGCGCUUCAAGGCCCCGCCCAUCCUUCCUCCUCACCUCCUCCAAGUCAUCCUCAAUAAAGACACCAACAUUUCAUGCGAUCCUGCUCUGCUGCCUGAACCCAACCACGUCAUGCUCAACCAUCUUUACGCACUCUCGAUAAAGGAUGGCGUGAUGGUCCUCAGCGCGACUCACAGGUACAAGAAGAAGUACGUCACCUCUCUGCUCUAUAAACCCAUCUGAGAGCGGACGUCUCUGCUGUAAUCUUGCAUCUCCAACUCUUAUGUAGCCGGUAUAUUGCUGAUACUACACGCCCAGCUUGCAGCGGUUCUGACCACCGCUGUCUCUCACUCGCACACCAGUAAAGGAGUGUGUGUGUGUCUGCGUCUGUGUGUACUCUAUAUGAUCAGGACUGCUGAAGUGUGCUUCACACCUAGUGAUUGCAAUCAUAAGCUUUUUAAAGUUGCGUUUUAUCCCCCUUGGCUGUGAAGCGGAUGCUGAAGUAGGUUUGGUGUUUUAAAAGGCACUGGGUUUGGCAUGUUUUAAAAUAGCGUCACGUUAACCAAUGUCGACUGAGAUGUGUGUGUGUGUCAUUUUAGUUUCCAGUGUUUUAUUUAUUUAUCUCAUGAUAAUCGCAUGGCUAAGUAGGACAAGCGCUUGGAGUCCAAAGAGGAUGGAUUUAUUGAGAUGUAGGAACUGGUUGAAGGAUUUACUUUCAGGCUCAUGGCUGAGGGUCAGUUUGACAAAUCAACAAAAGAUUUGAAUUAGCUUUUUUUUUCCCCCCCCACUUACAGUGGUCAGCUGUCAAGUCAAGAAGGUUACUGAUGCAAUAUGAAUUUCGAUAAGUAUGGUUCGAGUGUGUGUGUGUGCAUGCAAGCGAGCACAUGCAAGCUGUCACCUUUCACUGCGAUUGUGUAAGCACUUUAACCACAUAUUCACUGUGACGGAUUCAGAAGGAAAGCUUUGUUUCAGUUCCUAAGCUAUGCAGCUGACAAAUCUCGUACUGUAAGCUCCAGCUGAACACGCACAAUAGACUCUUCGAUACAAUAACCGAGAGAAAUGGUUUUUAUGUAUUAGCAUCGUAUUUGAAAUUCUCGCCGCUGUAUGUGUUCCGAAUGUCAGUUUACUGCAUUUGUAGUGAGAUAAUCCAGAUGUGUUGGUGGCUGUCUAGGCUGGGGGUCUUUAUUCUGAAAGUUGUUUGGUUUUCACCGAAGGUCACAGGUGUUUUCUUUCUCGCAGGUUUUUAUGCUAUUUGAUGUGUACCGAGAGAUUUAUGGUGUUUAAAAAUCCCUCCAAAGAUGUAGUGGAAUGCCGUAGUCCGUAUGGACAGUUUAUCCUAAAAUGAAACGAUGUUUAAAGUUUGAUAUACUUGUGUGUGAGGUGUGCUGUUUUGAAAUGAAACACUUGAAUUUAGCCUGGAAGCUUUUUGUUUGUUUGUAAAGCAGUGCGGCAUAUUUUAAGUCAUGCUGUAUUUUUUUUUUUUUUGUGUUUUACUUGGUUUGCAAAUAAAAAGCAAUACUGCAUGACGUCGGUGUUUUGGUUUCUGUCGGAUCAUUUCCUCUGUUUCAGUGCCGGAGUGAAAUACAAUACUACUGUUCAACAGUGACAUGGUGAAUGUUCCACAUUGAAAAGCAGCACUUUCUUUUGUGCAAUUUCUUCAGUGCACUUUUCUACACUACUGUGUGUCUAGAUGUGUAAAUACUGUUCUGGGGUGAGAGCACAGUCACUGUCUCCAAAACGCAGGAUCCAUGGAGGAUGAACUGUGUGUGAAUGAUGAAACUGUAUGUGUAGGGCAGUUCUGCUGGUUCUAGUAUUGAUGAUCACUUCAUUAGAUACAAUGAUCAGGCAUAACAUUAUGGCCAGCUGCCUAACAUUGUGUUGGUCCCCCUUUUGCUGCCAAAACAGCCCUGAAACGUCAAGGCAUGGACUCCCUGAAGGUGUGCUGUGGUAUCAGGUACCAAGAUGUUAGAGCAGUGGAUCCUUUAAAUGCUGUAAGUUGAGAGAUGGGGCCUCCAUGGAUCUGACUUCUCUGUCCAGCACAUCCCACAGAUGCUCGAUUGGACCUCAAACUUCUUGUGCUCAUCAAACCAUUCCUGAACAAUUGUUGCUUUGUGGCAUUAUUCUCAGGGGUUGGGCUCGGCCCCUUAGUUCCAGUGAAAGGAACUCUUAAUGCUUCAGCUUCAUACCAAGACAUUUUGGACAAUUUCAUGCUCCCAACUUUGUGGGAACAGUUUGGGGAUGACCCCUUCCUGUUCCAACAUGACUGCACACCAGUGACCAAAGCAAGGUCCAUAAAGACACGGAUGAGUGAGUUUGGUGUGGAGGAACUCGACUGGCCUGCAACCGAUAGAACACCUUUGGGAUGAAUUAGAGCGGAGACUGUGAGACAGGCUAAAACUGGGACGUCUGCCUUUACAUGCACAUGAAUGUAAUAUGGAGUUGGCCUGCCCUGUGCAGCUCUAACAGCUUCAACUCUUCUGGGAAGGCUUUCCACAAGGUUUAGGAGUGUGUUUAUGGGAAUUCUUAUGUUUGCCCAUUUUUCCUGCUUCUAACACAUCAACUUUGAGGACAAAAUGUUCACUUGCUGCCUAAUAUAUCCCACCCAACAGGUGCCAUGAUGAGGAGAUCAUCAGUGUUAUUCACGGCACCUCUCAGUGUUCAUAAUGUUAUGGCUGAUCGGUGUACCUCUGUGAGUUGUACUCAGGGCUGUGCUUUUGGAAUUCCUCGAACAUUCAUGCAAAAGUGUGUGCAAUUCGAUUGGACGAUGAUGUCCCAUGCUGGUUGAAUUUACCCCCUGCAUGUCCAGUGUUCCCAGAUUAGUCUCUGGAUCCACUGUGAUCCUGAGUGAAUGUAUAGGGGGGAAAAUGCAUUUGUUCAAAUCCAAAGUGCUCUUCAACAAUAGAACAAAAUGAGUAGAGACAAGGACUCCGAUGCAUCCAUGACCUUUUAUUGCAUUACACAAAACACAUCAUUUUCCGUGGCAACAAAUCAGCCUUCAGUCAUUAUUUACACAUAAUACAGUUUUCAGUUUUCUCAUGGCUGGUUACAGCGUCUGUCCAUCCUCCAUCUUUACUUUACACAAAUUCUUUUGAAAAUGGCUUCACUUUGUUAUUCUUCCAAACCUUUUUUUAAAUAGCAAUUUAAAGCCAAAAGACGUCUUAUAGGCCAAGUGAUCUGAUUAAGUGGAGAAACCUCUUCGUUUUACUUCUGAAACGAUUUCUUCUUGCUUCUUGCUGUUAAAAAUGCUAAGCGCAAACACAGCCAGGCUUGUUGCUUGAAAAGUUUCAGUAUCUACAACUAACAACAAGCAGGAGCUAAAAGGGUUUGAGUUCUCGUUAUUUCUAUUUUCGUAGCCGAGAGCGAAUUUAUAACGGCUCUCCGACUUGAAGGCAAGCAAAGCGACAUUUUCUCGAGGUGUAUAUCAAAACCUGUGGCUUUGCGUGAACUAGCAUAACCGCUAACACUAGAGCUUGGCGAACUCAGGAGCGUAGAGAAUAGAGAAGUAGCGUAAAUUCGCUCCAAGUGAAGAUUAACACUGCGAUUAAAAGUAUUGCACAGCUACCCAGAUACUGAACCAUUGCAUAUAGAGAAAAGAAAUUAGUGAAGAAAACCACAACCAUGACUCGAGCGAUAUUAUAUACAGCAAAAAGGGGGGGGGGGGACAACAGGAAAUAUUCAAGCGGCUAAGGAACACCUCAAACUUGUAUCUGUGGCAUCAGUAGCAUAAUUAUGGACCCACCAGAUCCUUGCCAAAGUUUGUUACCACAUUCUAAGCUCUAUCCUACAGUAUACGAUGCCCAAUUUCACAGGAUUUUACCAACAUUUAUUGUGUCCUCGCUGUGAAAUGCUGAAACAUGAUUUGGUCCUAAUUCACAAACUCGCUAAUGAAGUUGAAACGAAAACGAUCGGCGAUCCAGCGAUACCUUUAAUCAAGGCAUGUGUGAUAAAAAUCACUUUUUUUAAAUUUAAGAUGGCACUAAAACAAAAUCCGAGCGUGCUUUACGACACGGACAGGACGAUCCGAAAAAGGGAAAGGAGGAGUUCAAACUUUGGCAAGUAUUGGUGAAGCUCACCUUACAUACAGCACAACACAAAGGUGAUCAUUUCCUUUAGUUUUUUUCUCUACCUUCCCCAUGCAAACACUGUCCAAGAACAACUUCAGUAGUAUUACAGGAUAAAUAUAAGUAAGAAUACAAGUCCUAAUAUUGCACUGACGGUCUUUCAUUGUUACAAAACACAUAUAUAGCUCCAGUGUCAGUGAACGCUGGCACAAUUGCAUUGCACAUGCUUUAUUUUAUUUUUUAUUUAUUUUUUUAUGAACUCGAUUAAAGCGACAAUCAGUGAGUGUCGGAUAAUGAUGAACGCUUUAACACGAAAGCCAGUAAAGUGUUUCCUCGUGCUCUUUGUCAGUUAACUCCGAGCUCGUUGUAAGGUGGACGAAAAGUGCAAAACAAAAUAUCCAAAAACCACAAUAUAACAAAUCGGGAAACGAAAUAACUGAUCCGUACCGGAAGAACACGAUUCCUACUGCGGAAACUCAGGUUUUGUUCUGUGCAUGCGGGAAAUCGCCGUCAUUAUAUAUUAUUAAUAACAGUAUUAUCAUUUAAAUCUUAUCUUUCCCAAAGGUCUAAAAAGACCAUUGACACCAACCGCUCUUUCUGUAAUUCCUGUCCCGAGACAAUCGUACAUUUAUUUUGGACCUGAAGUGUUUUGGUCUGAUGUCCUUAAUUUUAUUCAAAUCAAAAAUUCACAAUGACUUCUGCUUUUAUUUUAAUAUUUAUUUGCUUUUGGAAUCUUUAAUUAUAUUUUCUAAUAAAUUUCAAUUGCUAAAUUCUAUAGUCAUAAAGGUAAAUUUACUAAUAAUAAACCACUCUUUAUGGUGUCCAAAAAUGACAUCAUAAGAUAUUUUGAAAGCGUAGAAUUUUCAAAAAACAAUAUAACAAAAGGGAUUAAAAAUACUACGGCUCCGUGAGUGUUAUGACAUAGGUAUUUUAUUUUACUUUAUUUUAUUUUAUUUUAUUUUAUUUUAUUUUAUUUUAUUUUAUUUAUUUAUGUAAUCAAUCAACCAGUCAAUUAACUAAGUAAUUAAUUAGUGCCCUAUUGUUGUUGUUGCCUGUUUGUACUUUUAUGUUAUUGUUGAUAAGCCCCCUGCAGUUCUGUGUUUCUAUUUUUUCUUGGUUUAAUCAAUAAUAAUUUUUAAAAAUGUUGAAAUUAAAAAAAAAAACAAAACAACA